ACGCGUGCUGUCUCCCUACGAGAUUGGCCACCCGAACAUGAAGGCCAGCAUCGCAGCCUACUGCAGGGCCAUGCCGUCCGCUGCGCGCGCAGCAUCGCUGCCACAAGACCGCGUGGCCGCCAGUGCGCUCGCCCAGGCCUACACGCAGCUUGCUCUCCUCUUUGCCGAGAAGGAGGUGCUAGUGCCGCCGCGCCUGUUUGCCCCGCUGCUGCCACAGCCCGUGUCGUGGAUGGACCCUGCCCUCACCGCCCCGCUGCCGACCGUUGUUGCUGUGCACCCGCACUCGUUUUCGCGUGCACUGCCUCUGCUGCGCAAGCAUGGAUUUGAGGUCGUCUGUGGGCAGUGGGGCGCGGUGUCACCGUCACAGCAGCGCACGCUAUGUGAGGCCAUGCGCUGUGAUGCUACAACCCUCACUGCCGUGAUUGCACCAUCCCCUUCACCGUCGGCUUCAUCGCCAUCAUCGCCGUCCACGUUAUCGUCAUCCAACAUCACGAUGGGGCACACGGUGCUGCUGGUCGUUCGCCGCGUCAACGCAGUAGCCAAGCUCUUGCAUCUACUUGGCCCCGACAGUGUGGAGAUGCCACCAUCUCACCGCCAACACAUUGCAGUGUCUCCAACGGUGGCCUCCGCGCGCGCAAGUGUCGCGUGUGUGCGCGCGUGGCUGGACAUGUCGGACCCAGCGACGAUGGGCGCAAGUGCUGUCCGUGACCCCGCCAGCUCGCGUAUUGUGGAGGUGGCGUGUGCAGUGAUCCAGGCACCGCAGCAAGUGGUGCAGCAGCAUGCGCUCGACGUGUUUGAAGGGUUUGGCAAAGCAGGCUAUGAGCUGGUUGGCUUCCGUGCGUUGCCAAACAUGCGAUGCCCGCCUGAGCUCUGCCCGCAACAACAGCGAGCGAAAGAUGGUGCGCUGCUCCUCCAGCACUUGACUGGAAGCAAAGUGGCGACAACGACGACAGCAACGACGACAGAUGAAGAGGAUGCGACGCCCACCACCUUUUCCUUUGCGAUGCAGCGCAUGAACGGUGUCACUUGCCAGGCGACGCUGCUGCCGCCGCGCGUGCGUCGUCAUCUCCACAACACCGUGUUUGUUACCAGCGCAGGCCAGGACACACCCACACAGCUCACGUCGCUCUUUUCGUUCCUUGCCCCCACCUGUGUCUACCACAGCCAGGCGUGA